UGGCUCUCUCUCCCUUUGGGGGGACCCAGGGUGGCCCCUUGGUGGGUGGAGGGAGGCAGCCUGGUUUCUGCCCACUUUGGCGCACUCGGUGCCUUGGCUCCAGCCUUCUCAGGCCUGGGAAUGUGGAGGGAAUCCAGGGCUGGGCCUCUGGGAGAGCCAAGGCCCCUUGGCUUGGGACGGGAUUCCUUAAGGGGGACAAGAUGGAGGAGCUCAAGCCUGGCAGCCUGCAAAGCUGGACACAUGGAGGCAGGCUAGAACGUUCUGGUCAGCCCAAGAGGGCACCGGGUUUUAACCCCUCACCUUCCUAGGCAAGGGGGGUGAUGUGACUUGGCCAGGGUCACACAGGCCCCGUUUGAACCCAGGACCUCCUGUCCCAGCGGCCUUCUAUGAGCCUUGAGCACCAGGCACUGACCUGGCAGGCUGGAGCCUGGAGCCUGGAGGGCCGGUCCCAGGGCGGUGGGAGGGGCCUGAGAAGAUGUCCGGGGAGAGCCCGGAUGAACAGGGCUGGAAGAGGAGUGGCUUGGGGGAAGGGAGUGAGCGGCCUUUCAGGCAGGGCAUCCAAGGGGCCUGUCUAGGCAGCUGGGGGGGCUGGGCUGGAGGGGGCUUUGGGGGCUGCCCCCGGGCCGGCACGGAGUGGAAGGUCCUGGGAGAGGAGGCUGGCGGGCCUGCUUGGUCACUAAGUAAGGGGAAUGGACCGUGUGGAGCCUCCAAGCCUGCCGCAUGGGUGGUCCGGGGCCGCCGAGCAUGCUGGGAGGUCUGGAAGGGCGCUGCUCGGGUGGGGGCGGGGGCGGCUCCGUCUCUGGAGCUGGUCCGGGUUCGCACUUGGCCGCCACGGCUCCAUUGGGUCGGCUGGAGCUCGUCGCUCCUGUGGUGUCACGUUCUUUAGUUAGGAGCAAUGCGGGGAGAACCCUUAGGGCAGCAGCGGGGGCCAGAGGAGGCAGGACCUGGGUUCAAAUGUCCCCGGGCAGGUCGCCAGCCCUGGCUGCUCUUCGGGGCUGAAUAGGGCCAAAGGGGGCCGUGCGAUCUCGGGCGGGGCUCCCGGGAAACAAACAGGCUUUUACAUAACGGCUCCCUCCCCCAGGGCGGCCCGCGGCCUGGGCCAGCCCCACUUCCUAGGCUACCUCGCCUUCCCCGGCGGGACUCGGAGCCAGACGCUCCCACUGCCGAGGGCUGGAGGCCGAAGCCCGCGGAUAAGGAAGGAGCCUCCGAGAUGGCCCGAGCUCUGCGCUGGGGCGUCAUGUCCGCCGGCCUUAUCUCCCACGACUUCGUCACGGCCCUGAGGAGCCUGCCUCGCUCCGAGCACCAGGUAGUAGCCGUGGCCGCCAGGGACCUUGGCCGGGCCCAGGACUUUGCCAGGAGGCAUGACAUCCCCAAGGCCUAUGGCUCUUAUGAGGACCUGCUGCGGAAGGAGCCCGACGUGGACGUGGUCUAUGUGGGCACACAGAACCCGCAGCACUUUCAGGUGGUCCUGCAGAGCUUGGAGGCUGGCAAGCCGGUGCUGUGCGAGAAACCUCUCGGGGUCACUGCGGCUGAGGUCCGAGAGAUGGUGGCGGCCGCCCGGGCCCGAGGCCUCUUCCUGAUGGAGGCCAUCUGGACCCGCUUCUUCCCCGCCACUGAGGCGCUGCGGGCUGUGCUGGCUCAGGGCACCCUCGGGGAGGUGCGCCUGGUCCGCGCCGACUUCGGAGUGCGCCCCGGAUUGAAUUUUCCGGCCCGCGUAACCGACUGGGCCCAGGCAGGGGGUGGGCUGCUGGACCUGGGCAUCUACUGCCUCCAGUUCGUGUCCCUGGUGGCGGGGGCCCAGCGGCCGGAAAAGAUCCAUGCAGUGGGGCUGCUUCACGAGAAGGGUGUGGAUGACACAGUGACGGUGGCCCUCCAGUACCCCAGCGGGCUCCAGGCCUCCUUCAGCUCCAGCAUCACCACUGUGCUGCCCAACUCCCUCCACGUGUUCGGAACCCAGGGCCAGGCGCAGAUUCCUUCCACCAUGUGGUGCCCCACUGAGCUGCUCGUGAACGGGGAGCGCGCCGAGUUCCCGCUGCCCGCCGUUGCCAACACAGAGACGUUCAAUUACCCCAAGUCCAUCGGCCUGGUGUACGAGGCCCAGCACGUGCGGCAGUGCCUGCUGCAGGGUCUGAAGGAGAGCUCUGUCAUGCCCCUGGCAGAGAGUGAGCUCCUGGCAGACAUCCUGGAGGAGGUAAGGAGGCAGAUCGGGCUCCGCUUCAGCCAGGACAGAACCUGACCUGCCAGACUAUUCGCCAGAGAAGAUAGCUGAGCGACUUCUCAGUGGACUGGGCCAAGGCCUGCCCUGCCUGCUGCUUCCGUAGUUUCCACACGCUCCCUCCCUCAGUUUCCUUAUCUGUAAGAUGAGGGAACCGGGAGGGCUAUUGCUAGAAUUCUUAAUGAAGCACGAUAAAGCCAGCUGGGUCCUGGGAAAUUCUGCAAAUGCUACCAAUGGGCCUUGAUUGCUUGUUCUGUUGAUUGUUUGGACCUAAGAAAGUGGUGAAGAAAAUGUUAAUGAUGCUGAUUAAAUGCUGACCAGCA